CUCGUCGGGGCUUGUGUUGUGCGCGUGCGCAGGACACUAGGAGGAAGCAUCCUGGUUUAUGGUUUGGUGGUGAAAUCUGAAAGGCAAGCGGAAAGUCUCAGACCAUGAAUAUUGUGGGCCAGCUCGCAGAGACGGUGUUUGUAACGGUGAAGGAGCUCUACCGUGGCCUUAACCCUGCCACGCUCACAGGAGGUAUUGAUGUCAUUGUGGUGCGCCAGCCUGAUGGAUCAUUCCAGUGUUCCCCAUUUCACGUCCGCUUUGGCAAGCUCGGUGUGCUGCGCUCCAAGGAGAAAGUGGUGGACAUUGAGAUUAACGGAGAGCCAGUUCACCUGCACAUGAAACUGGGGGACAAUGGAGAGGCAUUUUUUGUGGAGGAAAAUGAGAAUAUGGAGUCCCGAGUCCCAGCCCAUCUCUGCACCUCUCCAAUCCCUAUUGAGGUUCCUGAGGAGGCAGAGGAGACCAUGGAGGGUUCCUCCAGUGCCGGGGGAGGCACCCGCAGGAAGAAACGCCGACGCAAACGCAUGCGGUCUGACACCCAUUUGAGAGAGGAGGCCAGCUCCUCAUCAGAUGACAGAGAAAGAGAGAGGGAAUGUGAAAGAGACAGGGAUCAGGCUGAGCAGGAGAGUCCUGCUAACGAGGAUCCACACAUGAUAAUGCAAGUCAGCAAGUCAGUGUACUACUCACUGUCUGAGGAGCCAUAUGAGGAGCUGAUGGCCACACAGACCAGAGACACUCAUCCACACUCAGAUGGAGAGUGGUCACCCUCAGAAAACAGUGUUUUCUAUAGUCGGCCAUCCUCUCCUAAGAGUGACUCUGAGCUUAUUGUGAAACCCCAGGAGUCCUCUGGACCUCAAAUGCAGUGGAACUGGGGAGGUUUUCCCAUGCUGUAUCAGUCGGAGAGGUCACAGUGCAUCCCCCCUUCAGACAGCUCUCAUUUCCGCACCAUUGAGAGACAGGACUCCUUUGACAUGGGAUUUGAACCCACAAUUACCUGUGGCAGAGUGGGCAGUGUAACAGUGGUCCGGCCACAACCCAGGUCUCGCUCUUUAGACCUAGAUAGCCUCUCCAUACAAACCACCCCGGGACUCCUAGAGGAAAGCCUCCACAUAGCCCAUUUCAUCCCCAAUGCGACCUUUGAGUCUGUUGGAUCAUCAGCAGUUAUUGACAUUAACUCAACUCAGACAUGCGCACAUGUAUCCUUGGUGGACACACUGCACACAGCAGAAGAGCUGGCUGAGGAAGUCCCAUCCAUGCCGCUGCUGGAGGAGCACAGAAAAUCCUCCUCUCCUUCAGCUAGCCUCAUUAAUGGUGGUCAUGUGAACUGCGUAGCCAAAAAAGAAUGCACAGUCAGUGUUGCGCCUAUCAGUGACAUGACCGAUAUUGUUAGUCCUGUAAGUACAAGUAACACAAUCAGUAUGGCAAAACCAGACAAUGUACAAAACCAACCCAAGAAAGAGAAGAAGGCCUGCACUGUUAAAGCAGACGUAUUAGACAAUCACAACACAGCUGUUUUAGCUACUGCCAGCUCCAUAACAGCAGCGUCUUCAAAUAGUACAGAAACAUUGAAUAGCAAAGACGAUACAGAACAGCACGGUGCCUUAUAUGAGCCAAGUGAACAGGGUCCCACAGAUGGUGCUCCUGUCAGUGAGGGGGAUAGUGGGAUUGAACCCUGCACUGUGGGAGCGGAGGGAGGUGGGCCUGAAUUGAGGGACAGGUCAACUGAAGGCCCAUUGACCAGCCAGACUGCAGAGAUAAUUGGAGGUAAAGACACUGAAGCCAGCUCUGCGGUUGUAAAGGAGUUGGCAAUCUCUUCUGAAGCACACUCCAAACCAGAACAGCCGGACAAGAAGAGGGGUAAACAUAGUCAGCACUUGGGACCCUCAGACAUCUACCUGGAUGACCUGACCAAGCUGGACCCUGAGGUGGCUGCACUUUACUUCCCCAAGAGUGAGGCGGAGGGAGCAUCUCGGCACGGGGCAGAGCAGGGGUCCUCCUCAGGGAACCAGUCACCCCAGUCAGUGGGUAGUGGGGCCAUGGAUAGUGGUACAGAGUACCUGUCAGACUCUGCUGCCUACCACAUGGAUGUCAGCAUGUCCCUCUGUGGAUGUGAGGGUGACACCAGAAAAAUCAAAAAAGAGAAGUUUAUGAAGCAUAUUGUGAUGUAUCAGGAUUUCAUCAACAACCCAGGAAUCAUUGAGGAUCCAAACCUUGUUAUCUGCAUCAACUCCAACUAUUAUAACUGGGCAGUGGCUGCUCCGAUGAUAUUGUCAAUGCAGGCCUUCCAGAAGAAUCUACCCAAGAGUGCCAUAGAGAGGCUGGUGAAAGACAAAAUGCCCAAGAAGUCUGGCCGCUGGUGGUUCUCCUGGAGGAGAAGAGACAUGGACACCAGCCAGCCAAAAAGUUCAACGCAGGACCAAGAGGAGGAAUCAGUCCCUGUUCCUUCUACAAUACAGGCCAGUUUGGACGACAUAGACAGCGAUGAGGAGGCGGGGCUUGGUCGACCUGCCGUUAUCCCAACCAGCCUAUCAACAGACACUAUUAGCACCACCCAGUGUAUCAGCCAGAUGUACCGCAAGUCACUACGCCUCACCUCUAAACAGAUAGAGCGACUAAACCUGCGUGAAGGGGCCAACAAGGUGGUGUUCAGUGUGACAACUCAAUACCAGGGUACUUGUCGCUGUGAGGCUGCCAUCUACCUGUGGAACUGGGAUGACCGUGUCAUCAUAUCAGACAUAGACGGCACAAUCACAAAGUCUGAUGCUCUGGGUCAUAUCCUUCCUCAGUUUGGCAAAGAUUGGACACACCAAGGCAUUGCCAGACUUUACCACAAAAUACACCAAAAUGGCUACAAGUUCCUGUAUUGUUCAGCACGGGCUAUAGGCAUGGCUGGCAUCACCAAAGACUACCUCCAGUGGGUAAAUGACAAAGGCACCGUCCUCCCUAAAGGCCCUGUGAUGCUGGCUCCUAGCAGCCUUUUUUCAGCACUACACAGAGAGGUGAUUGAGAAGAAACCAGAGGUGUUUAAGGUGGCCUGUCUGACUGACAUCAGGGACCUGUUCAACCCCCAGAGACAGCCGUUCUACGCUGCCUUUGGCAACAGGACCAAUGAUGCCUAUGCCUACAAGCAGGUUGGGGUUCCUGACAGCAGGAUCUUUACUGUCAACCCCAAAGGAGAGCUGAUCCAGGAGAAGACUAAAGGCAACAAGUCCUCAUACAACCACCUCGGUGAGAUAGUGGAGCAUAUGUUCCCAAUGCUCUCUGUAAAGAGCUGCACCUCCUCUGCCUUUGACUGCCCUGAGUACAGCCACUUCCUCUACUGGAGGGAGCCCUUGCCUGAACUGGACCUGGAUGCACUACCGUAGACACCCUCAGCACCUUCAGCACACACCACCCAUCCCCAAAAUAUACCCACACACUCACACAUGGGGGAAAGCACAAAAGCAUAUGUAUUCAUGCAUUUUAUCUUUCUCUUGCACACACACACUCUCUCUUUCUCUCUGUCUGUCUUUUUCCAUAAUGGAGUUUGAAUAGAUUUUCCUCACAGCGCCUGAAUAUUUCCUUUGAUGGACCUACUGCUGUAUAGUGCCUGUUUAUGGGACACUGAACAACCUGGAAACAAAUGCAAAUACAAAUGCAACUUUUGUCUUUUUUCAAACACACAUAUAGAGAUAGAGGCAAAGUAAGUUAUAAUAUGUGAAUGGACUGUGCAUUUCAUUUUGUAGACUAUUAUGCAAUACUUGAUCUCAGUGCUCUUACAUCCACCGUAGCCGUUUUCAUAUUAUUUUGCAAUACUCAAGCAUACUUACGGUGAACACGAAAAGACACCCAUGGAGAAAUAUGCCUUUGAUCAAGGUAAUUUUGAUUAAUGUUUUGUUAUGGUACUGUACUUGGGGUCAUAGCUAUUUCCAAAUAUUAAGAGUUUAAAUAGCAUAUUUGCAUGGUGACUGUAACAUUGUCACACAUUUAAGCUCAAAGCAUGGACCAAAAACACUUGCAAGCCCAUAAAAUAAAUGCUGAGCUGUAAAUGAUGCCUAAAUACUCCCAAUGCCAAAACAAUGUAGCUACCUAUGCCUGUUUUGUGUGACUGAUCUGGAGUUUUCCAUAAUGCUGCAUCAAGCUCAUAGCAGUGAUGUAACCAACUGGAACAGAUGCAGCCCAGUUAUAAAAGCACACAAGCAUGUUGUUAUUUAAUGUUUGUAAUGCAAAAACACUAAAGAAAAUGUCUGUUUAGGGCAUGGAAAUCAAACACUGUGUCAGUGUUGCUGACAAACAGUGAAUGUCUCUGUCUAGACUCAGCUGUGAUAGGAAAUGGUUUAAUUGCUCAAUGUAAUGGGCAACCAAAUAUGGGGUAAGAAUGUAUUUGAAAUACUCUGGUUUAUUUUUAGAGUGUGUUUGACCCUAACUGGUGUAUGUGAUGGCUAAGUUUUGCUCUUUGAACAAUACUGUCUAUUCCACUGUCACAGAUUGUUCAGACUCAGGUGAGUGAAAGUGCUUUAGACCUCUGGAUUUGAAGCUAGAUUUUGGACACGGGCAUGAGGAGAUGAUGAGUUCAAUUCUGUAGACUGAAAACUGAGUUGGGCCUAUAAAAUGACGACGAAUACAAUUUGUUGGCAAUGUAUGUAUUGUUUAUUUGUUUGUUUAUUGGGUCCCAUUCGCUUCCGAAAAUGGUUGCUAGUCUUCCUGGGGUUCAUGGAAACCAACACAGAGGCAGCAUUGGUUUUUACAUGAGAACUGCGGGAGGUGAAUCUGAGUAAGUACUGAUCCUAGUUAAGCAAAGGCUGAGUUAUUGGUUUCCAUUUCUCUUUGAGGUACUGCACUGUUCGUUUACAAGUGAGUAAUGGGAAGUGUCCCAGAUUCACCACCAGUUACAUUCCAGAAACAGGCUUUUAGGGAAUAGGAAAGUAAUGGUUUGGUCUGACACUGUGCCUUUGUAAUACCAUUAUACUAUUAUAUUUAUUAUUUUUGCUCUCUCUAUGUCACCUGAACUUGGACACUGUGGAGCUUCAUUGCAUUAGUGAGGAGCCUUGGAGCCGAGACUGUGUUGACUGUUAUUUUAUUAUUAUUAUUUUUUAAACCAAAUGUAUCUAAAUAUAAACUAAAUCGAAACUUCAA